AACCCUACUGCUACUCAUGACACGUCAUCUCUCCUCGUAAUCGGAGAUUUUCUCUCCUUCUCUUUUCAGCCGCCAAUCGCCGCCGCAAUCUUCUUCAUCGGCCUCCGUUCUACAUCGACGGUGUUUGCCGUAACUUCUGUCAAACUCUCAGAAUUUGCUUAAGUAUACCACCUAACUCGAGACGCUAUGACCGUUUUCUCAGUUCAGUCCACUAUCUUCAGUCGAGCCUCCGUAGCUCUUCUCUCGAGCAAUGGCUUCAAACGAUUUUCAUUCGUUUCUUCGUUUUCUUCCUCCGCCGCUUACUCUCCACCUAAAAUGAGGAAGCGUCGCUACCCAAUCGUCUCUGCUGUUGAUAUUGGUGGCGUCGCAAUCGCUAGAAAUGAUGUGGUGAGAGAGGAUGAUCCAACAAAUAAUGUACCAGAUUCGAUUUUCUCUAAACUAGGAAUGCAGCUACACAGAAGAGAUAAGCAUCCGAUUGGUAUCUUAAAAAACGCUAUCUACGAUUACUUUGAUUCCAAUUACUCAAACAAGUUUGAGAAGUUCGAAGACCUUUCCCCAAUUGUUACCACAAAGCAAAACUUUGAUGAUGUGCUAGUCCCUGCUGAUCAUGUAAGCAGAAGUCUUAAUGACACGUACUAUGUAGACUCACAAACUGUUUUGAGAUGUCAUACGAGUGCUCACCAAGCUGAGCUGUUGAGGAAAGGUCAUAGUCGUUUCCUUGUAACCGGGGAUGUUUACCGAAGAGAUUCUAUUGACUCUACUCAUUAUCCGGUUUUCCAUCAGAUGGAAGGUUUUUGUGUUUUCUCUCCUGAGGACUGGAACGGGUCUGGCAAGGAUUCCACUUUGUAUGCUGCUGAGGAUUUGAAGAAAUGUCUUGAGGGAUUGGCACGCCACUUAUUUGGUUCGGUGGAGAUGAGAUGGGUUGAUACAUAUUUCCCAUUUACCAAUCCAUCUUUUGAGCUUGAGAUAUAUUUUAAGGAAGACUGGUUGGAGGUUUUGGGCUGUGGGGUGACCGAGCAAGUAAUUCUGAAACAAAGUGGAUUAGAAAAUAAUGUUGCUUGGGCCUUCGGACUUGGACUUGAGAGACUUGCUAUGGUUUUGUUUGACAUACCUGAUAUACGAUUUUUCUGGUCAUCCGAUGAACGAUUCACGUCCCAGUUUGGAAAAGGAGAACUUGGAGUGAAAUUCAAGCCAUAUUCAAAGUAUCCUCCUUGUUACAAGGACAUCAGUUUCUGGAUAAGUGAUUUGUUCACAGAGAAUAAUUUUUGUGAAGUUGUUAGAGGAAUUGCUGGGGAUCUUGUUGAAGAGGUGAAGUUAAUUGACCAAUUCACCAAUAAGAAGAAAGGGCUGACGAGUCAUUGUUACAGAAUCGUGUUCCGUUCCAUGGAGCGGUCUCUUACGGACGAGGAGGUCAAUGAUCUGCAGAGUAAAGUGCGUGAUGAGGUGCAGAAGAAGCUAAAUGUCGAAUUAAGGUGAGAAUUUUGAAAAGAGUAGCGUUGUUGCAGACAGUGAUGAAUAUUGAAGGUUUGGCAUUGUUAUUCCUACAUAAACUUUAUUUACUUCUGGCAGAAUUGCAUUACCCUCAAAAAAAUAUAUGUACAUUGGUUUCGUUAUUCUAAAGGAAUGAAAAAUAAGGUGUCCGUUUUAUGCCUCGAGUUCCCAGAUUUUGUAGCUGUUUACAUCUGAAUAGUUUGUAGCAAUGCAUUUUUACACAAAAGAAAUUGAGUUGUCUC